UGAAUGCGGGGUCCGGGGAGAGCGGAUGUAGUGAAUGCGGGGUCCGGGGAGAGCAGAUGUAGUGAAUGCGGGGUCCGGGAGAGCGGAUAUAGUGAAUGCGGGGUCCGGGGAGAGCGGAUAUAGUGACUGCGGGGUCCGGGGAGAGCGGAUAUAGUGAAUGCGGGGUCCGGGGAGAGCGGAUAUAGUGAAUGCGGGGUCCGGGAGAGCGCGAUAUAGUGAAUGCGGGGUCCGGGGAGAGCAGAUAUUGGGAAUACAGGGUCCGGGGAGAACGGAUAUAGUGAAUGCGGGGGUCCAGGAGAGAAGAUAUUGGGAAUACAGGGUCCAGGGUUUACCUCAUGUGCAGAAUGGGUUUCCCAUCAGGCUGGAUGUGAUUAUAUGGAGCAUGUGCUCAGCGGAA